AUGAGUAGCACCAGCAUACCAGUUGUCAACCGCAACAAUACCCUGCCCCCGCUGUUACUCCCCGACCUGAGGAGUCUGAGUCGGCACCAUCACAGCCAAGAGCAUUGUCAUGUCCACAGUCAUAUCCACAGUCAUAGCGGCCACGAUGCAGCCAGCGUGGCGGGCCCUAGCGAUCUGUUUGGUUUGAAGCGAAAAGGCGGUCUGACGGAGUCUGAUGAGAACACGCUGGACCGGUUGGCGACGAUCGCCUUGAAGCGGCCCAAGCUGAAUAUCUCUGGCCAAGGCCCGCAUGCGCGGGCUGGUGUUGAGGCCGGUGCGAGCGCCAGUGCGAACUCGAACGCAGUGGUGAACAGACUGGACGUGAUCACUCCACCGCCGUCUGCUCCGAUCACAGCACCUGUCAGUGCUGCGAUCUCUCCGUCACCAGCGUUUUUGGCGGUGAGCGAUGCCCAGGAUCAGCAUUCGGGUGACAGCAGCGGUGCAGGCGGCAGCAGCAGCAACUCGCCGAAAACCGAAAGGAAACAGGCGGCCAGCUCCAAAAGACAGAGAAUCGGGCCAAGUUGCGAUGGUUGCAGGUUGAAGAAGAUCAAAUGUGACGCCAAGAUCGAGAUAUUCAUGCAGGACGAAUCGAUUAUCCCGUUAGUGUCGAACAACUUGCAUCAUAUUUUCACGAAAGAGGAGAUCAGAGAAAAUAUGAACACGCUAUUUCAGAAUGUCCAACUGCCAAGCGAUCUAUUGGAGUCAGACGACUCGUCCCCAAAUCAGAGUAUACUUAUCAAACAUAUUGAUAAGAUUAUUCAUUUUCAGCAAUGCUCUUCUUGUCGCAAGAAGAAGAACUCAUCUUCUCCUUCUCACUGUUGUUGCGAGUUCUCAAAAGGUUUUACGAGAGCUGAUAUCAAUGUUUUUUCAAAGAUUAAAGCGAGGUUGAAAAAAGAUUCAAUUUACGAAAUGGAUAUUACAGAUUAUAAAAAUGCAGGUUUUUAG